CUAGGUGUCUCCAUCUUAUAUAUAUAUGUUCACUGCCCUCCUCCAAGGAGGAAGAGCAUUUCAAAUAAAAGGAGUGAGAAGACGUAUCGUCUCCUCUGUUAAUCCCACCGCUCAGUCACUAAUCGCUUCCCAUUCCCAAUUCCAAUGGAAGCACACCCUUCAAGACUUGUUACGUUGAGCCUCUUUAUUUGGAUGGCAUCGCUACAAUUCAGUCCCAUGAUCCUCACAAAAGCUUCUUCAUGUGAUUUCCCUGCAAUAUUCAACUUUGGUGACUCAAAUUCAGACACAGGUGGUCUGUCAGCAGCAUUAGGACAGGCACCUUCUCCCAAUGGAGAGACAUACUUCCACCACCCUGCCGGCCGCUACUCCGAUGGCCGUUUGAUCAUCGAUUUCAUCGCGGAAAGCUUGGGUGUGCCAUAUCUGAGUGCAUAUCUUGAUUCUGUGGGUUCAAACUUCAGCCAUGGAGCCAAUUUCGCCACUGCUGGGUCAACCAUCAGGCCUCAAAACACUACGCAGUCUCAAAGUGGGUAUAGUCCCAUUUCGUUAAACGUCCAAUCUGUUCAGUAUUCAGAUUUCAAGAAAAGAUCCCAGACAGUUCGUAGUCAAGGAGGGAUCUUCGAAACCUUGAUGCCAAAGGCAGAUUAUUUCUCCAAAGCUUUGUACACCAUUGACAUUGGCCAAAAUGAUCUCACUGCUGGUUACAAGCUUAACUUGACCACUGAACAAGUCAAGGCAAGUGUUCCUGACAUGUUAGGCCAGUUCUCCAACGCCGUCAAGCAAAUCUAUGCCGUCGGAGGAAGAUCGUUUUGGAUACAUAACACUGGCCCAGUGGGUUGCCUGCCAUACUCGUUGGACAGGUUUCUAAUCACAGCAGCCCAGAUAGAUAAAUACGGGUGCGCCUCCCCAUUCAAUGAGGUAUCUCAAUUUUUCAACCAUAGAUUAAAAGAAGCUGUGGUUCAACUCAGGAAAGAUCUUCCCCAGGCAGCGAUUACUUAUGUUGAUAUCUAUUCACUGAAGUAUACUCUAACCACCCAAGCCAAGAAAUUUGGAUUCAAGCAGCCUUUUGUAGCCUGCUGCGGUCACGGUGGGAAAUACAACUACAACAGCCAGAGAAGAUGCGGUGCAAAGAUCACUGUGAAUGGGACGGAGGUGGUGAUAGCUAAUUCAUGCAAAGAUCCAUCAGUUCGGAUAAUUUGGGACGGUGUGCACUUCACCGAGGCAGCUAAUAAGUGGAUAUUCCAACAAAUUGUCAAUGGCUCAUUUUCAGACCCGCCAGUUCCUCUGAAAAUGGCCUGCCAUAGAACGGAACACCCUUGAGUUGCUCAAAUUGUGUAAACACAAUCUGCCUUUGCUAGCCUCCUUGCUUUUGCUGCUUUUGUUUUCGAACCCAGAUGGAUGUUCUAAUGUUGGCUGUUAAGCACAUGGUCCACGGCAAAGCCCAAACAACGUGCUAACUCUUUAAGUGCCAUGUUCGUUCGUAA